AUGCCACCAAAACUGCCGGGCUUUUACUACGAUGAAGAGCGCAAAAAGUACUUCAAGAUAGUAAAGACGGGCCAGGCGACAUCUGCAUCGCAGGAUUACUCGAUUUCGGCGGUGGAAAACACCAAACGGCAAAAGACCAGAGAACGGAAAUUUCACAGAACGGAGCAACGACAUGUUCGAAAACCCACAGCUCCUAAAAUCGACAAGAUUGUGCUUCCAAAACACUCGGUCCACGUGACCAGUCGCGACACGUUCCAUACCCAGCUCCAGCGGUAUCUGCAUUGUCGAGAAAUGGGUACUUUACAGCCUGGCUUUCAGAGCCGUCUUGAGUCUCGGGCUUUGGGAUCGUUGAUUCGGGUCACAGACGUGGAACAGGUGGGCCAGGUGAGUGGACGAGACGACGUGACCGCCAUUGCUUUGGACGAGGAGAAUGGAGAUGUAUUUACUGGCAGAGCCUCGGGGAUCGUCAAUGCUGUUCGUCGAGGCAGCUCUUUGAUUCGAGAGUCGUAUAUCAGACGCAUUCCCGACAAUGGCACCAUAGGCACGGUUAUUGGCAUCAACUACAAUCCACGCACCCGGUUCCUAUGGUCUCUAUCUCAAGGUAUGCAUUCUGUGCUUUGUGGAGGGAUAUCUGAAGACACUUACAACGACUCCCUGUUCUACGAUUUGCACAGCAUGACCAGGCUGCAGCUGUGGGACGACAAGUGUGUGUUUUCAUGUGCACAGAGCCCCGAAGGAGAUAUUCUUCUGGGUCUCAACAGCCAGAUACAGACGUUUACAGGUACUGCUGGGUUGCAUCGUCUCCAUGCCAUUGAUAUGAAGAGUGACGCAACUUCUGUGUGUUAUGAGCAAGAGCAGGUGGUUUUUGCCGGCUGCCGAGACGGAAAUCUACGUCAGAUUGAUCUCCGUGAAGAUCGCAAAGGCAAGCGGGUCAGGAGUCCGUUUCGAAUCUCCUCUCCCGUGACCAAUAUUGGAGCACAGGGCAAUUUUGUGGCUUGUACGGGUUUGCAAGGGGUUGUCACUGUGUUUGACCGGCGGAUAGAGAAGCAGUCUUUAUGGACGGCCUCUUACAAGAACGACUGUACGUUCCGACAUGGUUUUGCUCUUGAUCCUAGUGGACGUCUGAUGAUGGUGGCUAAUGACGAUCAGACAGUCCAGCUGUUUAAUCUGGCUGGAGGAGAGGAGAACUGGGGUGGAUCUGCCGCCAACCUUGUGAGCUCGGUCAACGGACACCGGUUUGCUGACAAUCUGGCCUGCAUCCGAUGGACUGAAGGCGGCGUUGUGGCCGGUGGAGGAACUAAUUUAUAUUUUAUGAGCGACCGCUCGUAA